AUGCUCGGUAUAAGCCUUCGGAAGGCGUUGUUGGCCUGUGCAGCCUCGGCUGUACUUGCACAUAGUUUGGUGCACAGUUGCUCGGCGGCCACCGCCGGCGAGACUGCCCCUCCAAACACAACUCAAAAUGGUUCGCAGGGACGGAGCUCCGUUGCAACUGCAGCAGAAAAGCCGCAGGAGCACGUUCCAGGACCAUCGGGUUUUAUUGAAGGUAAGAACCCCGCAUCUCAGGUUGCUGCGUUGAACGGCGGGCACCGUUUGGAAUCCCCUGGCUUCCUCGGGCCGUCUGGGGAACAGGUUGAAGCACCUCAGCCUCAGCAUAGCUCUGCGGAUCCAGCGCCAUCUCCCCAGUUGCAAUCCUCCGGCGCUCGUCCUUCCUCGGAAGCUGCACGGACCCGCAUUCAAGCUGCUACACGACGCCGGCUGGAAGGCUCCCUCAAGAGGUUGAUGGACGUACACGAGCUGCCCUCUAAGCGCACAUCAUCUCGCGGCAUUUCUCCUCCUCGUCGCCUGCAGCUGCUGGCUGGAAUCUCGCAGCUUGCCCAGCUGCCGCAACUUCCCACUUUACCGAAUUUGCUUGGCAGCGGACUGAGCGCCCGUGACAGAGAUCAGCUGGAAACCUUCUCUAGGAGGGUCGCUACGAGCAGAGAACGCGUCUAUAAAGACUUGCUGUUCUCUACGGGAGGAAGGCAGCAUGGGUUGGACGAGUUUGCAAUGAAACAACUGGUGGCCAAAGUCGGACUCGAGAACUUGGCCUCUGGCAAUGUCCCAUCUUCCGCCCAGUUGUCUCAUCAGGAAUAUCGUGUGCUGGACGCAGCACGGCGUAGCCACUUCAGCGUGGAGCGGAUCAUCGCAACAUAUGAAAGAGAGGUGGCUCAGCACAUGAAGACCCUCCGCAAUGCGCUGGAGGCCAACGUGAACAACCCAAGUAUCCGUGCAAAAAUAACAUCAAUUGCCUCUGAUAAUCUCUUCAGACGACCUAGAGAUAUAAGCGUUCGGCGGCUGCAGGGCUCUCCCCACAACAGAAAGCUUGCUGCUUUGUUGCAAGGGCCGGGCCUGCUAAGCACUGCGAGCUCCCUCAUUCGUUCGAUGGACCCUGCAAACCUCUCCCAGUCCCUCAGUGCAGGCUUAGGUGGGCUUGGGCUCCAGCAUUUGCAUCUUCCCAAUAUUGGAAACCUAGGUCUCCGUCAGGACGGCACUUCCCAGAUGCAGCUUCCUAUCACCGACCUCGGUGGACUUCAGCAGGCUCUUCAGUCUGUAUUCCCGUUGCCUCAGCAGGUGACUGCUCUCUCGGGCCCACUCCGGUCUUUCCAGCAAGGCGUUGAGACAGCUACAGACGGCGCUAUGUGA